GCCGGCCCGUAGGGCUGUCCACCCAUCUCCAGUGAAGGCAAGGGCGCGCCGGGCCUCGAAGCCGAGGCUCUGAUUCCCCGCGGCUCGGACCACGCGGCUGAGUGCGCCGCGCCGCAAGGACGGGCUGAGUGGUCGCCGCGCUGGGGCUGCGCAGCUUGGUGACGGGCGGCGGGGGCGGGGGGAGCGGCCCCUCUGCCCUCCCCGCCGCCGGAGGCCCGGGGACGCGGGGACUUUUAUUCUGACACGGCCGGCUCCCGGCUCUGCUUAGUCAUGGUGACCUGCGCGCGCUCCGCGCCUCCCCCCGGCGCGCAGCGAUGGAGGCGCCCGGGCCUGGGCGACGGAGGCGGAGCUCGAGCGCGGCCAUGGCGGGCCCUGUGCUCUCCCUCCUCCAGGCCUCUGAGUGCCAGUGGUGGUGUUGCCCCUUGUCACCUGGAACCCCAUGCAGCCGGAACCCAGGCCUAGCGGGGCUGGGGCCCGCACCCGAUUCCUUCCCCUGAGGUCACAGCGCCCCGAGGGGGCAGGGGACACGGUGAUGUACGCCUCCACCGAGUGCAAAGCCGAGGUGACACCCUCCCAGCACGGCAACCGCACCUUCAGCUACACGCUGGAGGACCACACCAAGCAGGCCUUUGGCAUCAUGAACGAGCUGCGGCUCAGCCAGCAGCUGUGUGAUGUGACACUGCAGGUCAAAUACGAGGACGCGCCAGCCGCCCAGUUCAUGGCUCACAAGGUGGUGUUGGCCUCAUCUAGCCCCGUCUUCAAGGCCAUGUUCACCAACGGGCUACGGGAGCAGGGCAUGGAGGUGGUGUCCAUUGAGGGCAUCCACCCCAAGGUCAUGGAGCGCCUAAUUGAGUUUGCCUACACGGCCUCCAUCUCCAUGGGUGAGAAGUGUGUGCUCCACGUGAUGAAUGGCGCCGUCAUGUACCAGAUUGACAGCGUCGUCCGCGCCUGCAGCGACUUCCUCGUGCAGCAGCUGGACCCCAGCAACGCCAUUGGCAUUGCCAACUUCGCUGAACAGAUCGGCUGCGCCGAGCUGCACCAGCGCGCCCGCGAAUACAUCUAUAUGCACUUCGGAGAGGUGGCCAAGCAAGAGGAGUUCUUCAACCUGUCCCAUUGCCAGCUGGUGACGCUCAUCAGCCGAGACGAUCUGAACGUGCGCUGCGAGUCCGAGGUCUUCCACGCCUGCAUCAACUGGGUCAAGUAUGACUGUGAGCAGCGGCGUUUCUACGUGCAGGCGCUGCUCCGGGCUGUACGAUGCCACUCGCUCACACCCCACUUCCUGCAGAUGCAGCUCCAGAAGUGUGAGAUCUUGCAGUCGGACUCCCGCUGCAAGGACUACCUGGUCAAGAUCUUCCAGGAGCUUACCUUGCACAAGCCCACACAGGUGAUGCCCUGUCGGGCGCCCAAAGUGGGCCGGCUCAUCUACACCGCUGGUGGCUACUUCCGCCAGUCACUCAGCUACCUGGAGGCCUACAACCCCAGUGAUGGCACCUGGCUCCGACUGGCAGACCUGCAGGUGCCCCGUAGUGGCCUGGCAGGCUGCGUCGUGGGUGGGCUGCUGUAUGCUGUGGGCGGCCGGAACAACUCGCCCGACGGCAACACCGACUCCAAUGCCCUGGACUGCUAUAACCCCAUGACCAACCAGUGGUCGCCCUGUGCCCCCAUGAGCGUACCGCGCAAUCGGAUUGGGGUUGGGGUCAUCGAUGGGCACAUCUAUGCUGUUGGUGGCUCCCAUGGCUGCAUCCACCACAACAGUGUGGAGAGGUAUGAGCCAGAACGGGACGAGUGGCACUUGGUGGCCCCAAUGCUGACUCGAAGGAUCGGGGUGGGAGUGGCUGUCUUCAACCGUUUGCUCUAUGCCGUCGGGGGCUUUGAUGGAACAAACCGCCUCAACUCAGCCGAGUGUUACUACCCAGAGAGAAAUGAGUGGCGAAUGAUCACACCCAUGAACACCAUCCGAAGUGGGGCAGGAGUCUGUGUCUUGCACAACUGUAUCUAUGCUGCGGGGGGCUACGACGGUCAGGACCAGCUGAACAGCGUGGAGCGCUAUGACGUGGAGACAGAAACGUGGACUUUUGUAGCUCCCAUGAGGCAUCGGCGCAGCGCCCUGGGGAUUACCGUGCACCAGGGAAGGAUCUACGUUCUCGGAGGCUACGAUGGUCACACGUUCCUGGACAGUGUGGAGUGUUACGACCCAGACACAGACACUUGGAGUGAGGUGACCCACAUGACAUCCGGCCGCAGUGGGGUGGGUGUUGCUGUCACCAUGGAACCCUGCCGGAAGCAGAUCGACCAGCAGAACUGUACUUGUUGAGCCACUUGUGUUUCUUGGGCAAAAAAAUGGUCUGAUCGAGAGUAUUGUUGUUUUUGUACAAAAACAGGGACAAAAGAAAAGGCGACAGAGCAAAUGCUUAUCCUCCAAGAUGGGAGGCUGAGAUGCCUCAGUGUUCAAAUGACAACUAGAAAGAAAAGAAGGCCAGAGCGGGAACCCAUGAGCCUGUCAGAGUCGUCCCAGGAAUGUCCAGGAGAGCCUUCCUGGGCAGGGGGUGCAUGAAGGGCAGGCUCCCAGGAGAGAGGCCCCUGCACCCACUACCCUGAGAAUAGGCCUGGGUCCCAAACCAGCAGCCGCCACCUCCCCUUGGGGUGAAAGCAGGUGCCGAGGUCAGGCCGGGUUUUUGUUCUUUGUGUAUUUGUGGUUGGUUCCUGGAGGCCUGGGAAGGAGCCAGCUGAGGCCUCAGGGGUGAGGCUCUUGUGGAGGUGUGGACCCCAGGGAUGGGCCUGUACAUAGAAACCACUGGAUAUCUCUGCCCUGGACAGUCAUUUUGUUGAUAAGUAACCAUAUAACUUUCCAAUGACAAUAAAGAACAAACUAACUAGUGUCUUCCACCCGGGCUCUCAGCUGGAGGUCUCAAACCUGGGGACAGAAAGGACUCUUCCGAAACGUACUCAAGUCUUUGAUUUCGAGUUUGAAUUUGAAACCAGUGCGUUAUCUCUGCCCAUCGCAUCUUGACAUGUAGGGCAUCUUUCUCCCCGUAGGCAAGCCACAUGGGGCUCGCUUUGUCACGUUGGGCUGCUUUGAAGACAAUGACCUAACUCCUUGACACCUCUCUUUUAGGGCUCCCUGGAGUUCUGUUUUAAGGCAAACCAUCCCCAGAAUGCUUUCCAGAUUGGUGAAGAUCUAUCCGGUCAUUUUUAUGCGCUUCAGUGACACAGACUGAGCCUUUCAUUUAGGUGCCUGGGUAUUAAAAGGACAAAAGGGGUUCUUGGGAAUUUUCGUAGGCAAAGGGCUCAAUAUCACCUGGUCUCUUCUGAACAAUUCGUGUGAAGGCAGUAUAUGGGCUGGAUCUCUUCUGGAGCCAAUUAACUAUUUGUACUGGGAGAGUGGAGCAAAGAGGAAUGAAGUGUGGUUUCAACUAUCAGGAAUGUCCUAGGUUUUUCCAAAGAGCUUAGCGAAACAUUUGAUUCCUUCCCUUCCAGGGAAAACCUUACCUCCCGGCUGUACAGCUUCAUUCACUCAAUUCACCUGAAGGUUGUCUUAGCCGCUUCCUGGGUCCUUUUCCUAAGGUUUUAUUGGAACAAGAAAAUAAAUCUGCGUUGGCUGCAUUGAAUGGAUGGGGGAGGACUAGGAAUUAUAAACAUAGUAUCUGGAUAGCCUUUUAGCAUUUGCAGUGUUUUUGCACAUUAUUUGAUCCUCAGGAGUUUUGUGAGCUAAGAAGGGCAAGCCUGAUCCUUUACAGAUUAGAGAAGUGACUUGCCCAAGGUCAUGUGGCCACUAAAUGGUAGGGUUUAGAUUUGACUCUAGUGGACACCAAAGCAGCCACAACACGCUCUAACACUGUGUGUGUGAGAAGGGACAUAAGGAGGUCCCGUGGGGUUAGGGUGUAUAUCAGUGAAAGUUCCAGAAACAGCGAUCUAAUCCAGAGUCGAGGAAUUUGCAUGUAAUUUGGUUGCCAGAAGCCACACAGCCUAUCCCAGAGUGGUGUUUCCUUCUACAAGGGUUAGAACCCUGGUCCUGAGGUCAGGUUUUAGCUGAUUCAGUAAAGCAAUUUGGGUAUCAGUCAGGUGAACGGUUUCUUAUCUGCAAAAAUGGUACUUGGACACUGAAUGGGCAUUAGGCCCUGUGUAAGCUGCUGGACCAACAAAGGUGAGUAUUUACAUUCACUUUCUAACUCUGCAAAGAGCUGUUUGAAAAAAAGGCCUCAUUGUGCUGGGUAUCGGGCCUAGGGUAGUAAACAGCCCCCAAAUGAUCCCUGCCCUCAUGGAAAUUACAGCCUAGCAGAGGAGUAGGGUGACCAACUUGUCCUGGUUUGCCCAGGACAGUCCCAGUUUGGACACUGAAAGGCUGGCAUCCCAGAACUCCUCAGCCCCGGGUAAACUGGGUCAACUCUACGGGUAAGCCAGAUGCUGAAGCUGUAUUACAACCGUGCUGAGUGACAGGCAGCCGAGGGUCGUGGUUAAGUUCCCACUUGAAAGUCCAUGGCUCUGGAAGCCAAGGGGACAUACAUGACUGGGCUGCAGGCUGGAGUGCACUGGGGAAGGUGAAGCCGCUAUUGCAUUAGCCAGGUGAGAGGAUGGCAGUUUGGAUGAGGCUGUGGGGGUGGAGAGAGGUCGAACUUACAGGUGAGGAGACCAAUGGGAAAAGAAGGGCAGAGAAUUAGGGGCACCUGGGUAGCACAGUCGUUAAGCGUCUGCCAUCGGCUCUGGGCGUGAUCCCGGCGUUCCAGGAUCGAGUCCCACAUCGGGCUCCUCUGCUGGGAGCCUGCUUCUUCCUCUCCCACUCCCCCUGCUUGUGUUCCCUCUCUCGCUGGCUGUCUUUCUGUCACAUAAAUAAAUAAAAUCUUAAAAAAAAAAAAAAAGAAGGGCAGAGAAUUAGGAAUGCUCCUGUGUGGCUUCAACCUUAAAUCAGCAGCCAGGGAUAGAGAAGCUUUGAGGAGGCUGCAGGUACAGAAGGGAAAAGACAAUGUUUUGGGGUGUGUCAGGUUUGAGGCCUCAAGACACAUUGUUUUAGGAGAGUGCACAGUCAUUUUUCUAGCCUUCAGACUUAAUGCUUCCAACAAGUAGUUCUUCAAUGGCUGUUCUACCAGGCCCGAAGUGAGGUAUUCAGACACAGUGAGGAACAGGCAUGACACUGUCUCUUUCUCAGAGAGCUAGAAUUAACGAUGACAAAAUGCAUACGUAAUUAGGUUCAAAGGUAAGCCCUCUGAAGGCCAGGAGCUUGACCUAGGUCAGAGGCCCUGAGAAAACAUUGUUGAGGAGGUGGUUUUCGCACAGAAAUCCAAAGGACUGAUAGUGUAAACUUGGUGAGGAAACUCGGGGCAAGAUUCUGGACAGAAGCAGCAUCACAUGCAAAGGUCCUGUGGCACUGGGAAGCAAUCUAGAUGAAACCCUGAGAGGGAGGAGGAACAUGGCGUCAGAAGAGGCCCUGUGGGACAUGCUCAUUUCUCUUUAAUUGUUAAAUACCUAACUUUAUCUUUAAAAAAAAAA